UUAAGAAAAACAGAUAGCGUCAACUCAUGAAGUAUUUUAAGGCAGAGCAGAGCAAGACUGGUUCAAAUGGAGGGCUUCAUAAUCUUUAAAGUCCCAUAAUCCAUAAUACUAUAGUGACUAUGAAAAAUCACCAAGGAUGGUCCUUUCUGAAUCAGAAGAUAGCUCUGCAGAGUUUGUUUGUGGCUGGGGAUCUGCGUUUGUUAAUAUUACAGUCACUUUUCCCAUCAACAAAGUCAUGUUCCGCCAGCAACUGUUAGGAGUGCGAACUUUUGCUGCCCUCAGACAACUACAGACUGAAGGAUUAAGUAACCUGUACAGGGGAUUCUUUCCUCCACUGAUACAGAAAACUGCAUCAAUGACAUUGAUGUUUGGAAUAUACUACAAGUCUUGUAAUUAUUUGAACAAACAAUAUCCACAGACUCCAUAUUUUAAUAGCAUUGUUUCAGCCACCUUUGCUGGGGCACUGGAGGCUCUUUUGCUACCCUUUGAGAGAAUUCAAGUACUUAUGCAGGAUAAAAAUUACAACCAUCGAUUUGAAAAUGCGAGACAUGCUGCAAAGGAGUUGAGAUCCAUUUAUGGUGUGAAGGAAUUUUACAGAGGUGGUUCAGCAAUACUUCUUCGGAACUGUGGAAGCAAUAUUUUAUUCUUUCUCGGCAGGGACUAUUUAAUGAAUGCUCUUCCUCAUCCUGAUACAGUGCUAGAGAGAACUACACAAGAUUUUAUUUGUGGGGCAGCACUGGGAGCCUUUCUCAGCACGCUGUUCUAUCCUGUGAAUGUUGUGAAGGUUAAGAUGCAGAGUAAGGUCGGGGGAACGUUUGAAGGCCUGGUUCAUACCCUCAGAAUUGUGCAAGAGGAAAGGAAGCAUAGUAUCCGCAAACUCUUUCGAGGAGUUCAUAUCAAUUUUACGAGGUCUUUUCUUUCUUGGGGCAUUGUAAAUGCAACAUAUGAAUUUCUCAUGGUUAAGCUUUUUAGUAGGAGCUCUAGAAAAAAUAAUCAUGUUAGCUGAUUUAUGAAUUAUUUAUCUAGCAUCUAUAACAUAUGUAAUGCAUUUUAUGGAAUGUGUAAUAAAAUAUUUUAUUAGAA